AUGGUGGGAAAACGACAAUGGAACACCAAUCAAGGCCCUGGCCCUCGUCAUAGAGGUCAACAUGUUGGUGAAGAAGCACGCCCUCAAUAUGACGACGGUCCUCGCGAUCUCGAAACUGGUCGGUACUCCUAUAAUGGGGGCAGCAAAGAUUCACGACCGAAGCCUCGUAUCAUGAAGUUCCAGGAUGCUGCUCGCACAGCUCUCGAAGAUGCUCGUCGCGGCGAGAUCAAGCGCGCUCUCUUACACGGCAUCGAUCGAUCGGGCCUGGAAAAGUAUCGCAAGUCGGACGACGAGCUAAAAGCGAUCAAGAAUAAAAAGCUCCGCUAUUUUUAUGAACAACAGAAUGAGCGGUUGAAUGAUUGGUUGGAGGUGGAUGCGGUGGUGAUGGCCAUCGCGGAUGACGUUCUCGAGUCGAUGAACCCAGACCCCGAUCAUGACGGUGAUCAAGAGCGCGGUGGAGGAAUUCAACGCGUCGAAGGGAAUAUUGGAGAGUUACUCCCUGACGAAGAAAAGGAAAAGCGACGAAAGGCAGCCAGGAAGGCAAACUGGGCUAUCAAUAUUAAUGUGAUAGCCAACAUUCUUCUUCUGGCUGGUAAAACAUUUGCCGUGUUCACCACAGGGUCUCUCUCGCUGGUGGCAUCUCUUGUAGACUCGGCUCUCGAUCUCCUCUGCACGUUGAUUGUCUGGUCUACCAGUCGGCUUGUCCUCUGGAGGUUGCAUGCCAUGCAGCGCCGAUUUCCAGUCGGUAAACGACGUCUCGAGCCGCUGGGUAUCCUGGUGUUUUCCAUCAUCAUGGUCAUUUCCUUCCUGCAGAUCCUCCAAGAGUCUGUUUCGCGAUUGAUGCCUCCGCAUGCCGAAGCUGAGGUUCUUAGCUGGACCGCUAUUGCUUCUCUGCUGUCAACGAUCGUCCUCAAAGGGGCUAUCGGCCUUGGAUGUCGACCUAUCAAGUCAACACAGGUGCAAGCUCUGGUGCAAGAUUGCAAAACAGACGUCAUCUUCAACACUCUCUCGCUGUUGUUCCCUUUUAUCGGAUAUCGUGCCAACAUCUGGUGGCUUGAUCCAGCAGGCGCCGGUCUAUUGUCUCUCUUCAUCAUUUACGACUGGGGCCAUACCUGCUUCGAAAACGUGGCGCGCCUCUCUGGUGAAGCAGCAAACGACCACACCCUCAAGAAACUCAUCUACCUCGCAUACCGCUUCGCACCUGUUGUAGCGGGCUUCAAGAACGUAACAGCAUACCACGCAGGCGAUGGUGUUUGGGUCGAAUUCGACUUGUUACUCGAUGAAAAGACUCCAUUGAACAGAUCGCACGAUAUUGCAGAGACAUUGCAGUAUUGUGCUGAGGGAUUAGGUGAGGUGGAUAGAGCGUUUGUGACGACGGAUUAUUCAGUUUCAGGACCUUUGGGACACGCAACAGACUCGGAGUGGAAUCAUUAG